UCAAUAAGUCUAUCACUUCCAUCACCACUUCAUCCUGAUAUAACAUGUUGAAGUUUCUACAUAAACUUUCUUAAUUUGCUUCGGUUUUUAUCCAUUUUCCUUCUCCUGAUACUACCCAUGUGUUAAUCUUGCCUAGGUCAGUCCAGUUAACUUGUCUCUGGGGUUAUUCAUGUGCCUUAGUUUAAAAGAUAAAAUGGCUCUCCAAUCAUCCAAAAUAUUUUUCAUGAUGAGAAAGGUUUUCGUCAUUUGGAUGAUGAUGAUGGCAAUGUUGAGCUGUCUGGGUGAUUCCAAGUGCGAAUUUGAGGCAAUCUUCAACUUUGGAGACUCAAAUACGGAGACUGGUGGGUUUUGGGCAGCAUUUCCUCCUCCGCUUCUUCCUUUUGGCAUGACCUACUUCAAAAGACCCUCUGGUCGCGCUUCAGAUGGAAGGAACAUUAUUGAUUUCUUGGCUCAAGCUCUAGGAUUUCCAUACCUAGACCCAUAUUUGCAAUCAAUCGGAUCAGAUUUCAGGCACGGAGCCAAUUAUGCUACAGCAGCAUCAACUGUUCUUUUGCCUCAAACCUCCCUGUUUGUUGGUGGGCUUAGUCCAUUUUCUCUGGCUAUUCAACUCAACCAAAUGAAAAAUUUCAAGACUAGAGUGGAGGAAUUUAACGACUCUGUUAUUAAAACAGGCACGAACCUACCUUCACCGGAUGUCUUCGGAAAAUCAAUAUACAAUUUCUUCAUUGGUCAAAAUGAUUUUACAUCCCAGUUAGCAGAUAUUGGUAUAGAUGGUGUGAAGAAGUUUCUUCCUGAUGUGAUUAACACAAUUGCUUGGACAAUCAAGGAGAUUUAUGCCUUUGGGGGACGCACAUUUUUUGUAUUGAAUCUUGCUCCAAUUGGCUGCUAUCCUUCAUUUCUAGUAAAGCUUCCACACAACAGCACCGAUGUGGAUAUGUAUGGCUGCUUGCUCUCUUACAACAACGCUGUCGUGGAUUAUAAUAACAUGUUGAAGGAGACUCUAGACCAGAUGAGAAAAGAUCUUCCCCAAGCUAACCUCAUUCAUGUCGACCACCACGCCAUUUUGCUGGAUCUCUUUCGACACCCAACUGCUUAUGGACUCACGUAUGGUCCCAAGGCCUGUUGUGGGCUUGGAGGAGGCGCCUAUAAUUUCAAUGCUGAUGUGUUUUGUGGAAACAACAAGGUGAUUGAUGGAAAAAAUGUAACAGCCACAGCCUGUAGUGACCCAUUUAAUUAUGUAAGCUGGGAUGGAAUACAUGCCACUGAAGCUGCAAACUUGAUUAUGACUAAAGCCAUUCUUAAUGGCUCUUACUUUGAUCCUCCUUUCCCCAUUAACGAGCUCUGUGAUCUUCAUCCUAUAUAGAUUGAUCUCUUCUUUUCUCAGUAAUCAAUAAUAAAAUAUCUACUGGUUUAGUUGUUUUUUUUACAUUUUUAUUCUUUCAAUC